UAACGGAGUAACAGAUCGCACGCGGUUGUCGCCGAACCCCUUUUCCCUCUCCUGCCUCCGGCCGACGCAAAGCCUCAGUCCAGCGAGGAAUCGGAACCCUAACCCCUUACCGAUCGGAGCUCGAUCGAUCAUGGCGGACACAUACUGCAAGGACUGCAAGAAGUAUACCGAGGUGGUAUCCGACCACGCGGCGGGGGACACCAUCUGCUCCGAGUGCGGCCUCGUCCUGGAGGCCCACUCCAUCGACGAGACCUCCGAGUGGAGGACCUUCGCCAACGAGUCCAAUGACAACGACCCCGUCCGUGUCGGUGGUCCCUACAACCCCCUCCUCACCGACGGCGGCCUCUCCACCGUCAUCUCCAAGCCCAACGGCUCCUCAGGCGAGUUCCUCAACUCCUCCCUCGGCAAGUGGCAGGGCCGUGGCGCUAAUCCUGAUCGCAACCUCAUUCAGGCAUUCAAGUCCAUCGCUAUCAUGUCCGACAGGUUGGGACUUGUGACGACGAUCAAGGACCGAGCUAAUGAAAUAUAUAAGAAGGUAGAAGAUCAAAAACCUCUGAAAGGGCGUAACUUAGAUGCAAUUUUGGCAGCUUGCCUCUACAUUGCUUGUCGACAAGAGAAUAAAGCUCGUACUGUCAAAGAAAUAUGUUCUGUUGCGAAUGGAGCCACAAAAAAAGAAAUUGGUCGGGCAAAGGAAUUUAUCGUGAAGCUACUGGAGGGGGAAAUGGGAUCUGUUGAAAUGGGGACUAUACAUGCUGGAGAUUAUAUGAGACGUUUCUGUUCAAACCUUGGAAUGACCAACCAAGAAGUUAAGGCUGCUCAAGAAGUUGUCCAGAAAGCAGAAGAUCUCGACAUAAGGAGAAGCCCAAUAUCCAUAGCUGCGGCUGUUAUAUACAUCAUAACUCAGCUAUCUGAUGACAAGAAGCCACUCAAAGAUAUCUCUAUUGCUACCAGAGUAGCCGAAGGAACAAUCAAGAAUUCUUACAAGGAUCUUUAUCCUCAUCUGUCUCGGUUAAUUCCAAGUUGGUACGCUAAGGAGGAAGAGCUCAAGAACCUCUCCAAUCCUUGAAAUGCAUCAGAAGGUUGUCGAGGAGGCAUAUCAGAUUUAGGAUUAGGAAAUCAAAUUGGCUCUACAAAUGCAAACCGUAUAUCCCGGAAUUUUCACCUCGGCAAAUGCCAAUGAUUGAACAGGAAGAGUCGGGACUCAACUUGGGUGCAACUUGAAUUAGCCUAGUCACAUGUAGUGAAUUACUUGGCCAUCGGAGGCUUCUUUCCCCCUCUGGUCGUCUUGUUCAUCUCUAAAGAUGAGAAUAAUACUAUCUUUUAGUUCAGUAUUUAAGGUUCGAGGAAUCAUGUUGAGUUACAGUGUUUCGGUUGAAUUGCUCUUUUAAUCUUAUAUCAAUGUCAUUGCCGACCAUUACAGGAAUCGUGUUUUUUCUCA